GCGUGCUGGGUUCACACCGAACCCAGCAUGCCUGGGUUUGGUGGAACCCAGCACGCCUGGGAACCCAAGCGUGCUGGGUUCGCGUCUGGUGUUGGGUUCGUUGGGUUCGCGUCUGGUGCUGGGUUCGCUGGGUUCGUGUCUAGUGCUGGGUUCGCUGGGUUCGUGUCUGGUGCUGGGUUCGCAUCUGGUGCUCGAGUCUGGGUUCACGUCUGGUGCUGGGCUCACGUUUGGGUUCGCACCGAACCCAACAUGCCUGGGUUUGGUGUAACCCAGCACGCUUGGGUUCGGUUCCUUGCGAACCCAACGCCUGGGUUCGCGUUUGGGUUCCUACAAACCCAGCACGCUUGGGUUCACAAGGAACCCAGGUGUCAAAAUGUUUUAACAGGUCAUCGUUUUCCCCGUCAAGUAACGGGACACGUGCCAAAUGUAAUUGGGUUUGCAUUGGGCUCAGCCCAGUUGGUUCUUUAUGCAAUAUACAAGAAAAGGUCGGCUUCUGCAAAAUCAACAAGGGACUCCAUGGAAGAAGAAGAAGAAGAAGAAGGAUCAGCUCAACUGGUGAAGAAAGGAAACAUUGAAAUGUCUUCUCUCAACGAAGACGAGGAGGCAAAUUUGAAGAAUUGGACCCUUAACAAGGGCAAAUGCCUAACGAAACUGAGAGGACACCAGCAGAAGAGCUUGCAGAAGAUGGAGAAGACACUCUCUCUUGGUCCAUAUGACCUCCGACAUUACUCCAGUAACUUUCGCCGUGAGAUCGAUGCUGAAAAGGGAAAUUGUGAUCAUCUUUGAUUUUUAAGUUUAUUUGUUGUUGUCAACGUGAUAAGGACUUAACGUGACAAACAUAUUCAUAAAGAAGAAUACUCUUU